AUGGGCUUCAUCUUACUUGUGGAAAGCGAGACAGACAGCUGGCGAUGUCGAGCUGCCGCUGGUGUUUUCAUCGAGCGCCAAUGGGAUGGAACCCUGGACCCACAGAAGGAUCUGAAAAUAGAUGAGCUAGUCCUGUUCAGGGUUGUCCACAAGGCUGGCACCAAUCAGAAGCGCGGUACGUACCCCGGUACGUACCAUCUCGCCUAA